AGGUCCAGAGCGAGGAAAGCAGAGAGAGUAGCAAGGGAACGGCUUUCAAGAAGAAAUGCAGUAGAAAGCAAAAAAGGAAAAGAGAUCAAGAGCAGCGGGCAAAGAGGAAGUAUAGCAGCCAAGAGCAGAGCGGAGAGAGGACAAAGGAAACGGAAGAGAAGCAUAAGAACAGUAGCCAGGAACAAGCAGAGAAGGACAGGAAGAAGAGAGAGCCGUGAAGAGGAAGAGCAGAGAGAAUGGCCUGGAAAGAAGAAGGCAAAGGGAGGAGAGAGCGCGAGAGAGAGAGGUCGUCAGGAAAGCUUAGCCAGGAGACAGCCAGAGAGCGCGAGGAGAGCGAAGAAACAAGGAGCGGAGAGACGAGAUAGAGAAAGAGGAAGUUGA